CCAGCGACACUUGAAAAUACCCGUUGCUUCCCUUUCCCUCCCCCUCUUCCUCCUCCCCACCGCCGCCGCCGCGCCAGAUGCGCCUCCUCGCCGCGGCGGCGAGGCAACCCAACACAACGCACCCUCUUCUCGUACCCAUUCACCACUUCCUCUCCACGACGACGACUACCUCCUCCUCCUCCUACGACCCCACCCUGCAGUUCCUCCCCUCGGAGCAGCAACGCUGCCUCUCCCUGCCGCCCUCCCUCCGCCGCGACGCCCUCCUUGUGCUUACGCGCCUACUCAAGACCUCGUCGAAAUGCCAUCUCGCGCUCCAAGUCCUCGGGCCCCGUUGCCCCUCCUCCGCCCCGCUUGCCGCCCGCUUCGCCGCCGCUUCCCGCCUCGCCGCGUCGGCACCCGCGCUCCGCCCCUUCGCCGCGCUCCUCCUCGCGGCGCUCCUCCCGGCCGCCUCCCCGGAUCUCCUCUCCUGGCCCAGCAGCGCCAGCGGCAGCGCGAGCGCGAGGUACGGCGCGCACCGCCUCGCGCUCCACGCGUUCCUCGCCGCUGGUAUGGCCCACGAGGCGCUCGACGUGCUCGCGUGCGUCCGCCGCGCCGGGAACACGCCCAGCCUCUCCGCGCUGGCGGCCCUGCUGCGCCUGCUGUUCCGCGGCGGGGAGAUCCGGGCCGCCUGGAAGGUGUUCGAGGAAAUGGCCGCAAGGGGCCCGCGACCGAGCCUCGCCAUCUUCAACGCCAUGAUCCUCGGGUUCUGCCACAAGGGACUGGUACGAGUCGGGGCUGGGCUGCUAAGGGUCAUGGGUAGGUUCCGUGUGGUCCCGGACGUGUGCAGCUAUAACAUCCUGAUCAAGGGGCACUGUGUGUUUGGGUGGUCAGCCGACGCGUUCAAGCUGUUUGAUGAAAUGCGCGUAUCAGGGUGCAAGCCAACAGUUGUGACGUAUAACAUAUUGGUGGAUGCACUGUGCUGUGAGGGGAGGAUGUCGGACGCUAGGAGGCUGUUCGAUGAGAUGCUACAGGUGGGGAUCGAAGCGAAUACAAUCACAUUCAAUGUUUUGAUUGAUGGAUAUGCAAAGGCCGGACGGAUGGAUGAGGCUAACUCGGCCUGUAGGGAGAUGAAAUCGAGGGGCUUAGAGCCGGAUUGCUGCACCUUCAACAUUCUUUCUGCUGGAGCAUACAAGUUUGGAAGUGCUGCCCAGUUAGCCCAUGAUCAGCAGCCGUUGCAUGAAAUGUUUGGUUCACAGUUGUCAGCUGAUGGGUUGGAUAUGUUGGUUUGUAGGCUUUGUUGGGAUGGGCGAUUGGAUGAUGCCUGGGAGCUCCUGCGUGGUGCUAUUGAGCAGGGUGUUGCAGUGAGUGUUGCCGGAUUUAAUGCUUUGAUCGCUGCAUAUAGCAAGGAGGGAUUCAACAAAGCAGCUUUUGAACUAUAUAGAGUUAUGAACAAGUUAGGAUUGUCACCGUCGUCGCCUACUUUCAAUUACUUGAUAAUGGGACUGUGCAAAGAAGUAAGGCUUGAUGAGGCACAGCUGCUAUUAGAACAUAUGAUUAGUAAGGGAUAUUGUGUGAGUACAUCAUUUACCAUCUACCUAGAUGCAUCCUUCAGAGAGGGCAAUGCAGUUGGCGCUUUGAAAUGCUGGGAUGAUAUGGAGAAAAUUGGUCUGCAACCAGAUUUGAUUGCCUUCUCGGCCUAUGUCAAUGGACUUUGCAGAUUAGAUUACAUAAAUGAGGCUUGUCAGGCAUUUGUUGAGAUGACAAGAAGAGGACUUGUACCGAACAAUAUUACUUACAACUCCCUCAUAUCUGCACUUUGUAGGUCUGGUAGUGUGGAUGAAGCCUUUAAAUUAGAGAAGAAGAUGAGGCAGAGUGGCCUUGUUCCUGAUGUUUACACAAGCAACAUUCUAAUCGAUGGUUUAUGCAGAGAAGGAAAGUUGAAGAUGGCGAAUGACCUUUUUUGGAACAUGGACAGUAAUGGUUUAACACCAGAUGUAGUGACAUACAAUACGAUAAUAAAUGCCUAUUGCAGGGCUCAGGAUAUGAACCGGGCCGUGUUUUUCAUGAAUAAGAUGCUUGAAGAUGAUUGUGAACCAGAUAUAUUCACAUAUAAUAUUUGGAUGCAUAGUCUCUGUAGCAACCAUAUGUUGAACCGAGCAGGGAAGGUGCUGGAUGAGCUUGUUGCUAUGGGUUGUACUCCUAAUUCGGUCACAUACAACACGUUGUUGGAUGGCAUUUGCAGUGAUGUUCUUGAUCGAGCUAUGAUAUUGACUGGCAGGCUGAUUAAGAUGGCUUUUCAACCGAACACUAUUACAGUUAAUGUUUUUCUUUCUCAUUUCUGCAAGAAAGGAUUUGGAAAGAGAGCCCUUGUUUGGGCUGAGAGGCUCAGAGAAGAUUCCUUUGUUUUUGAUGAUGCUACAAGAAAUAUAAUUGACUGGGCACACACGGAGAUGGAGAAUGACCCCCAGGCUAACAACGCAGACAUUGAUAGGUGCCAAUUUCUCGAGUUCUUAAUGUUCAUGACAUACGAGACAAUGCACAACAGCAGAUCCUCAAAGUUCACACAUGUUUGUACAGAUAAAGGCUUUGAUCCUGGUGGUAGCAACCUAAUCAAAAUUUUGGAUACUGGAUGAUAAUUGAAUUUCAUAACCACAUGAGGCGCUGGGAAACUUUUGGGUUGUUGAUGGUGCUUUUGGAUACUGGAUGAUAAUUGAAUUUCAUAACCACAUGAGGUACUGGGGAACUUUUGGGUUGUUGAUGGUGCUUCUGCAGGGGUACCAUAUCAGUACCCAUUCUAUUGAAUAUCCUCAAUCAAUUGCUGCUGACUGUUUGCGAUAAAAUUGGGCAUGGAAAGAUUUUGGAGCAAUGUACCAUCAGGAACUGUCCGAUCUCCUAUCUGCUAUUCCUGUGCUUCCUUGCUGUGGAUUUGGAUGGUGAUUGAUGGUUGGAUAGGCAGCAAGGGUACGUUGUAUUCUGCGGCUUUGGGUGGGUGGGGGUGUUCUUGUUUGUUCUGGAGCAAGGUGGUCUGUUGUAGUAACAGGGAUGAAGAUGAGCGUCCUCUGAGUUCACAGCAGGCAUCAUUCCUUGUUCGUGGUGUGCACUGCCGUCGUGCGGUUGGCUGAUGGUGGCAUGGCAUGCUAUUCCUGUAUAUCCUCUUUUCCUGAUAAGGCUGCCGUCUCAUGGUAUGGCCACUGCAGCGAUCGAGGUGGAAGAGACUGCAGUGCUGCUCACAGCAUAGAUGCCAGCAUCAGUGGCGAUCAUAGGUAAGUGGUCUCAUUUGCUAUCGAAGUAACGUUUGGUGGAUACAAAAUAUAAUUUUUCGAACAA